AUGCUCCCAAUCAUCUUGGGAAUCACUCUCGGAACCAUCCUCAUCCUCAUCACGAUCCGUCCGCAAUAUCUCCACACCACCACAUCAUACGUCCAACAUCUCGCCUCCUCCGGCCGAACGCGCGACCACUCGUCGCCCUCGCAUUCAACGAAAACACAACAAGAGGUUCCUCUUCAACCAGAACAACCGUCAGCGCAUCAUCAGCAGCAAGAACAUACCGCGAACACGACGUCCGUCACCUCAGCUGACAAAGUCAACAACACCGAACGCUUCCAUCUCGUCAAAUCCCUCUCCGGUCCGGAUGGCGCCUACGUCGACAUCGAUUUCCGCGGCCGCAAAGGUUACAAUCCUAGCAUCAUCCCGCAUCCAAUGCUCACGGACAAGUGGAUCGCCGUCGCCAUGCAACACCAAUUCUGGAGCGAGGAUAUUCAUUCGGGUUUCAAGGCGCAGAUGGUUUGCCUGGCUUCGUGGAAAGAUGGUCGUAUUGUCUGUGAUGAUCCGCCAACCUCGUUUUCAACUCGUCCAACUAUGAGUGGAAAUUGUGAUGUUCCAGACUGUGACGUCGGAGCUCACGAUCCGAGAGUCUUCUUUGGACCCGAGAACCCCUACAUCGUCUAUGGCAGUUUGAGCAACUACGAUAACACUGUUUGCCUCGGUCAAUGGAUUCAGGAUUUCCGUGUGCUUGUGGAAUGGGGUCCAUUCAUCGGCCCAUGGAUCGACUUCGGCAUCUCUCAGGAACUCGCUCGUCCGCCGCCCACCAGUCCUAUCGAGAAGAAUUACUUCGUCUUCUGGGAUUCGCAGAACGUCAUGUAUACCCAUUAUGAUCUGGCACACCAGCGAUCGUUCGCGCGCAAUAACCUCACUUCGACCGACGUCGAACUCUACACCAAAUCCGCAGACUCGGACGCGAAAUGCUGGAAGCACUGGAUGGAAUCCGCACCGUUGCUCGCAGGGGCGCAUAUCCACCAGGCGACAAACAGUCUCAGUGUGACACUCUGCUCGCCGAAAGAGGACGGCGAAGAGAACUGCAAAGUCUCCGAUGAGAAUACCUUCCUGAUGCACAUCUUCCAAGCCAAGACGAUCGAUCCCAAGGUGAACCACGGAGAGCAGACCUAUGACCCAUAUGUUGUUCUCAUGAAGCGUUCCGCACCUUUCGGAAUCCACGCGGUUUCGAGAUUGCCUCUACGCUUCACCACCCACCAGGAGCAGAGGAAUUCCACCUCGCAACGCCUGCGGCGCGACGACGGCUCUGACGCGCAGCGAGAGGAAUCCCGCGAAUUACUCUACGUCACCUCGAUGAACUGGAAGGAGAAGGAUAAAUACUACCACGGCUUCAUCGACGAUGUCAUCUUCAUCGGAUUCGGCCGCAGCGAUCGGGAGAACAGCAUGGUGGAUGUCACGCCGCGGGAGCUCAUCGGAGAAUUGUUGAUGUGCUGA